CAACAUUAAAAGUUAAUUUGUCUGUGAUUAUUUAAAUAAAAAAUUGCCACGUGGACUGAAAAUACCAUCACAUGUGCUCAGGUUGUGGUCUUUGUAAAGCCAGAAAUCCAAAUAAAGCUCUUUAAUGUCCUAUCAUUUUGUUUUUGCUUCCUUACAGCCUAAACUGUACAAGACUGUGAUUGAGGAUGUGAUCAAUGAGGUGCGAGAGUUGUUCCUGGAUGAGGGCGUGGAUGAACAAGUUCUUCUGGAGCUAAAAACGCUUUGGGAAAGCAAACUGUUGCAAUCCAAGGCAGUGGAGGGUUUCCAUACUGAGGAACAGGCAGCCCUGCAGGCCGUGCAGCAUCAGCAGCAACAAUCAUCCCAGCAGCAAGUUCAACAGGGUCAGCAGGUGACACAGCAUACACAAGCCCAGCAAGUCAUUCUGCCUCCCCAGCAGCAGCAAGCUCCCCAGCAGCAAGUCAUUGUACCCGAUUCCAAGAUUCUGCAGCAUAUGACAACAACGGGCAUGAGUGCGGCAGCUACUCAAGCUGCCCUUGCUUUGCCAACUGGGGUCACACCAUACCCACAGCUCAUCACUAGUUCAGGUCAGUUUGUGCAAGUUUUGCGUACACCCAACGGAGCUCAGUAUAUCAUCCAGCAGCCACCGCAGCCCAUCCUCCUGCAGCAGCAGAUGCAACCGGGCUCAGUGCAGGCUCCAGUCAUACAGCAGGUCUUGGCUCCUCUACAAGGAGGCAUUCCUCAGCAAACAGGAGUCAUCAUCCAGCAGCCACAGAUUGUCUUAGGUCCUGGAAAUAAAGUUCAAGUCAACACGCAGGUGACGCAGGCUGCCACGAUGGCGCCUCAACAAGGUCAAGCAGCCCAGAUUCAACAGGUUCAGCAGGCCCAGGGUGCAGCAGUGCCACAGGCCCAGGUGCAGAGCCAGCCUCAGCAGGCAGCCCCGGGGCAACCGCAGCCUCCCAUGAUGCUGCAGGUGGACGGCGCCGGAGACACCUCGUCAGAUGAAGACGAGGAUGAGGAAGAGGAGUAUGAUGAUGACCUUGAAGAGGAGAAAGACAAGGACGCGGGAGAAGAUGGGCAAGUUGAGGAGAAAUCACUGAACAGCGACGACGAUGUCAGUGACGCGGAAGACCACGAGCUGUUUGACACAGAGAAUGUAGUUGUGUGCCAGUAUGACAAGAUUCACAGAAGUAAGAACAAAUGGAAAUUUCACCUGAAGGACGGAAUCAUGAAUCUGAACGGGAGAGACUACGUCUUCUCCAAAGCCAUCGGGGACGCCGAGUGGUGAAGACAAAGCCGAGCAACAGGAGCAGGAACUCUGUUACUCCUCCUAUCCAGUUAAUGGACAAUAUCAAUAUCCUUCCAUAACCUGUGACUGGAUUUGAUUGCAGGAAGCUUAUAGAGUCUUUAAGAACUCCAACAUAGGACCGCGAGGUUCUUUGCUACAAACCGGAUGUCACCGGUCGCACUCGGCAAGCGGGAUGAGAAACCGACAGCGAAAGGGAACGUUUGCCCUCCUUUUUGUUUCUCAGCCUUUUUCGAUUUCCCCCCCGAGUGAAUUUCCCACACAUCAUUUCACAAGAUGCACGUGUCAGAAGUGUGCUGACAUGGAAAAGUGUGUCGAUGCACUGCUAAGUUGAUAGACAGCUUCAGCUUGUCUGCACUGAAGUCCAAACUUAAGAUUGUUGCCUUUCCAUUUGCCAGAAUCAACUUUUUGGCCUCACUUUUUCUUUUUAGUCAUUCUUGGAAUUUCUGUCACAGGUUUUUGGGAAAAAGGUGCUUCACCUGUCAUUGUUUUAAAACAUUUCUUUUAAAUUGAAGGGUUAUACCGAAGAAGUUAAAAUGACUCAAAUAAUUUAUAGCUGUAUGAAAAGGCAUUCUUUUAAAUCUAACAAUGAUUCCAAAUCUUUUCUUCCAUCCCCCUUUUUUCAGAUUUUUUUAUUUUUUUUUUGUAGCGUCAUUCCACAAAAAUAGAAACAGAGCCAUGGCUGAAGUAAUUGCAUCUGUCGUGUUUUGUAAAUUGAGCAGCCUUCAGUUUAUUGAUAAGCGUGUGUGCGUAUGCUUAAAGCAGUCAAGUUCAUCCACUCUACAUGUGCGUUUGUCAAUUGCAUCACUGAGCUCCCCAAAAAGUCAGUUGCCACCUUUUAGUUCAUCAGUGACGCUAUUUUCUAUUUAUUCAUAAAAGUAGAAGUUGUUUUUUUCUGAUCCGCGCCAAACUGUGCUCUUACAAUCAAAUAAGUGUUCCUUUUUUUUUUUUUUUUUCCUGUUGGCUGAACAAAGUUCACGUGACAUUGUUCCCAAUCAAUAUGAUGUCUCUUUUGUGUUUUUAGUCUUGACUUUUAAGCAAGCAUGUUUUUGAUUGAGAGGAUUUCAAAUUUGGUGAGAAGGAGGGGGAGUGCGUUCUUGUAAAAAUGUUUUUAGUGACCUUUUGCGGAAUUACGAAAUGUUUUUUGGGUGGGGUGGGGGGGGGCCUUCGAUCUUAAUUGGCUUCUUAGUGGGCCCCACAAAUUUAUAUUGUGAAUACAACCUUAAGAAGGAAGCAAGACAAUGUUCUUAUUUUUGUGUUCAUGUGAGCAACCUUGAUGUCUUUCACUAUUUAAGCAAGUCCAAAAAAAAGGUUUGUUGCAACAAAAAUCAAGUCAUUGAUUUUAUUCAGUAGCUCUGUGUGGAUUACGGCUCCUAGAGGAGAUUCAUGGUUGUUCCCACAUAAUGUAACUUGAGUGUUGAGUGUGCCUUUUUGAUUUGUACUCCUGCUUUUCUUGUACUACCCAAAAAUGUUAUGUCACCUUUGCUCUGUUUUGACUUCUAAUAGCUGUUGAAAUGUAUUGUUCAAUGAAACAUUUUAUAAUAAAUUACCUUUGGAACCAAAUA